UUGAGCACGUCACCGGAUCACCGUAAUCCUCACCAUUCGCGUGAGCUCCCCGUCUAUCGUCGCCAGCCUUCACCGGAGCGCAAAAUUGUUUAUGUAGGAAAGCUGGAAGCCAACAUACAUAAAGAAGAUUUACAAAAGAAGUUCGAACCGUACGGCAACGUGUUGAAAGUUACGUUACACACCAAGGAUAAUGGUUGUCGUUAUGGUUUUGUGACGUUUGAAAAACCCCAACAGGCGUAUCAUGCCAUCGAUUCGAGUGCAAAUGAUCCUGCUAUGAAGGAUUAUGAUGUGAGCUUCGGUGGUAGACGCGCCUUCUGUCGCACGCAGUACGCUGAUUUGGACGGUGAACUAUCGAUGGACCAGGACUAUCAGAUGCCGUACUUUGCGCUGGAGAGCACGGUGCUGCAAAGACCGUCACCCAUCGUGAACUAUAGCUCCUCGAUGUGCCACGUAGAGCCAUUGCAUGGGCACGGCAGGAUGCCUGUCCGUGGUGGUGGUGUGGGUAAUGGCGGUAUUGGUAGUGGUGGUGAUACGUUUGAAGAUCUGCUGAUGCAGUUCAAGAAAGGAAUCGGAGCUAUGAAACCACGGAAAAUAUGACCCCGCGGAAGUACCUCGCUAAAUUUACAAAAGUUCAACUUAUUGGAAGGCAGCAGGAGACAACGGGGAAACCAAAUACACAGUGCAACGUAUGGAGUAGUAUCGUACACAAAAGGAAGUGAUGAUGCGGCGGCGAUAUACUAUCUAUUCUACCUCACGAUCCAGUGCAUCUUUGGCGUCCAUAUGAUUUUUAGUUACUGUUUCGUGUAUGAUGCGUUCUAAUUAAACCUUUCCGUUUGUAUUGGCACACAACAGAACUCACUGCCCGUUUGGUGGAGAUCGUACAUGCGUUCGCUUAUGGGGUUAACCAAUCAGUCCAGUCGUUAUAGGUACCUUUCUCUCUUCAACAAGUGAUAAUUCAUCAAUGAAAAGAGAAAUGCAAUCGUUCGUUCGUGACAAGGCGUUAACGAAAAACAACAAUUCUGCAUACCUCUGGUGUAAGGAGCAGCAGAUGGUCAGGGAAAGACAACAAUAGCAUGGGGAAAAUAUCUGUGAUUGUGUACACUGAAAUACUGCCGAACAAAAUGUUGCUACGCUUCUCCAAAAACGGCAGAGAGCGGGAGAGAUUGUGAAUAAAGGAAUGUUUUCAGCGAAGCAGCACCUGUGCUAACCCAUGAACAUCUGCUCUCUAACGUUCGGUUAGGUGCGAUUUUUUCCCUUCCAUCCUUCUUUGGUUAGUGACAAAUAGCGAAGCAUGAUCGUUUUGGUAAAUCCCACCUGUUCACAUUCACCUAAGGGUGUAGUUCGAUGUUAGAUUACGCUGCAGCUGCAGAGGAAAGACGAAUGAGCCAGUUAGGUAAGGAUAGAUAGGUAGAGAUUCCGCGGUCCAGUGACGAUCGAUCACUCGGAUCACAUUUAUUCAACUUCGGUUAUCACAAUCCACUCCAUGCCGGACACCCGGAACAAAUCGGCGAACAUUUCUCAACGCUUAUGACUCGCUAGUGUAAGGCAGGCAAACGUGUCCGCGACACUCAGAAUUCAGUAGAAUUGUUUUCUUUUCUUUCUGGCAUUUGUUUAAUUUUGUUUUGUUGUGGACAAACUAAGUAUAACAAACGAUAAGUGUUAGCUUACUUGUUAGGUAACCAAUUAUGCGAAUGUUACGAAAUGUCAGACAUCGGAACUGGGCAAAUCGAUCGGCUCAACAUCAACAUCGUAACUAGUAUCGUUAUGUGUCUUUUCUUGAUUUACGAUAACCUUGUUUCCAGACUAAGCCCAUUGAAGUGUAAGUAGGACGCGGAUGUAAGAAAUUGGCGACGUUUGGAAAAUGAUAAAUGAUCUAUUCCUAACGUGUAACAAAGGGAUGAAAAUAAAGGAAAAGGAGAUAAACUGGUA